UACAACAAAUCUUACACAAUUUGUUUUCUAGAUCUCAAUCAUCUUGUAAUCAUAUGCCAUGAAUAUCAGCUGCAAUUGGUGUUUCAUUUCUCUGCUUCUUAGUCUUUUUUCAAUUUUUUCUUCUUUAGUUAACGCACAAAGUUUUGAUUAUCCGACAGCGAAUCUCUCUACUUUAUGGAAAAAUAGCCCAUCAGCUCCUCACUCGGUACCUUUUACCGAUGGAUCGACAGUGAGAGCCAUCCUUCUCAGGGGAAGCUUUGGCCCAAGAUAUGCCUGUGGCUUCUACUGUAAUGGAAACUGUGACACCAAUUACCUCUUCGCCAUCUUCAUUGUUCAGACCAAUAGUGGUUCCGGUAUCACUCUUCCUGCCAGUGGAUUCCCGCAGGUUGUUUGGUCUGCUAACGGCCAUCAUCCUGUUCGAAUCAACGCAACCUUAGAGCUAACCUUUGAUGGAGACUUGGUAUUGCGCGAUGCUGAUGGGAAAAUAGCAUGGUCAACAAAUACGGGUGGAAAAUCUGUUGUGGGCUUGAACUUGACAGAAACGGGCAACCUCGUUCUUUUUGACAAUAAUAAUUCAACAGUUUGGCAAUCCUUUGAUUAUCCCACCGACUCAUUGGUUCCCGGCCAGAAGUUGAUGCUAGGCCGGAAACUCGCGGCUAGUGUUUCUUUAACAAAUUGGACUAAAGGUUUGUUUUCGCUUUCUUUAACAAAUGAAGGAUUGUUUUCUUUCGUGGAGUCUAAUCCUCGACAAGUCUAUGUUCAAAAUAGUUUAUCAUUCAAUGUUACUGAAACAAGCUAUGUUAGAUUUAUGAAUGGAAGCUUAUCUUUGUUCUUAAAUUCCUCUGAGAUAAGUGAUAAGCCUGAUCACAUUUUUUAUUCUAUUCCUGAGGCAUCAUCAGCUCAGUACAUGAGACUUCGGCCUGAUGGGCAUUUAAAUGUUUAUGAGUGGGAAAAUGGUGAGUGGAAAGUAGUGGCAGAUCUCUUAACAGGGUACUUAGGAGACUGCAAUUAUCCUAUGGUUUGCGGAAAAUAUGGGAUCUGUUCUAAUGUAUUUUGUAGAUGUCCCACGUCGGAUGGGCUAGCCACCUAUUUCAAGCAAGAAAAUGAUAGCCAGUCAACGGCUGGGUGCUCUCAGAUUACUCCCAUAUCAUGCGAAUAUUCAGCACAUCACAGUUUUAUUGAGCUUAAAGAUGUUACUUACUUUACCUUUAACUCAGACCGCGAAAACAUAGAUUCAGAAAAAUGUAAACAAGAAUGUCUAAUGAAUUGCUCCUGCAAAGCUGCUUUUUUUCGGUAUUCUGAUAAUUCUUCUUAUGGAGAUUGUUAUUUACCCUCUGAAAUCUUCUCGAUGAUGAAUAAUGACAAAUCAAAGACUCAUUAUAACUCUACUGCAUAUUUGAAGAUUCAGAAUGUCUCAAGUCCUAGUCCCGGUGGAAGUGGAAAGAAGUCGAGACAAGACCCGAAAAUAUUGGGGUUAAGCCUUGGAGCUGCUGGUUUGUUUGUUUUGGUAACUGGAAUCUUGGUCUUCUUCUUUUGGAAGAAAAAUUUUGAUGAUGUUGAGGAAGAUUAUUUAGAUCAAGUCCCGGGAUUGCCCAGAAGAUUCUCUUAUGAAGAACUGGAAAACGUGACGGAGAAAUUCACAAGGAUCCUCGGCAAGGGAGGAUUUGGGACAGUGUUUGAGGGGACUCUAAAUGAUGGUACGAAAGUUGCAGUGAAACUUCUUGAAGGACUUGGGCAAAUCAAGAAAUCUUUCUUAACAGAGGUGGAAAUUAUUGGAAGCAUUCAACAUGUAAAUUUAGUGGGACUGAUUGGAUUUUGUGCUGAGAAAUCUCAUAGGCUUCUUGUUUAUGAAUACAUGAAGAAUGGAUCUCUGGAUAGGUGGAUUUUCAAUAAUACCAUUCUUGAUUGGCAGCAAAGAAAGAAGAUCAUCCUUCACAUAGCCAAAGGACUAACCUAUCUCCAUGAAGAUUGCAGGCAGAAGAUUGUUCACUUGGAUAUAAAGCCUCAAAACAUCCUCUUGGAUGACAGCUUCAAUGCUAAAGUUUCCGAUUUCGGGUUGUCGAAACUGAUCGACCGGAAUGAGGACGAGGUUAUGACAACGAUGAGAGGAACUCGAGGCUACAUGGCUCCGGAAUGGCUUAACUCAAUAAUCACAGAAAAAGUAGAUGUUUAUAGUUUUGGAGUUGUAACAUUGGAGAUUUUGUGCGGACGCAAAAAUCUUGAUCGCUCUUUGCUUGAGGAAGACAUGCAUUUGCUAAACCUGUUCAAGAAGAAGGCAGAGGAGGGAAAAUUAAUGGAUUUGGUUGACAAAUACAAUGAGAAUAUGCAAUUAAAUGGAGAAGAAGUAGUGAAUACCAUGAAGCUUGCUGCUUGGUGUUUGCAAAGUGAUUUCACCAAGAGACCUUCCAUGGCAAUGGUAGUUAAGGUCUCGGAAGGUGUUAAUGAGGUUGAGCAGAAUCUGGAUUAUAACUUCUUCAAUCCAUUGCCACCAAGAAAGUUACCUGAAAUUGGUCAUCAACCGGAAGAAAAUUCUAGUUCCACUGUAUUAUUGCCUUCAAUUUUGUCUGGACCAAGGUGAAAAUUAGGAUUGUGUGAAAGUUUAUCUUUAUUUUAUCAUUAUGUCACCAUUUAUUGAAAAUAAACUUUAAGAUAAUUACAUGAUAAGUUAAUUAGGGUGAG